CGUCUCAUUAGUGCGAGGGCAAUGUGGAGCGAGUGUAUCGGCAGCUUACGCGACAAAACCAGUUUGGAAAGAAAGUUGCAAACGCGGUUGUUGUUAGGAACGCAGUUGUUGGAAGGUUGGAGGAAUCGAGCAUUCUCCGACGCCUACGAUGAGAAACGUGAAGGAAGUGCGGAAUUUGGCCAGGAAUACCUGACCAGAAAAAAAAAAAUCAGUGAACUGGACAUUAGUCUGUGAAUAAGGUUACACGAGGGAUCGGCGAGUUGCGACUGGGAUCGACAAAGACAAAAGUUUACUUUCCAAAGUUUCCAAACCGACUUAUCUACGGAUACUUUAUUUUUUUCUGGUCCCGAUGAUGGCGGUCUGCGUGAUGGUGUCUUUCCUGCUGCUGGGGUCAUGUGUCGGCCAGUAUCACGGGGAGAAGGGCAUCUCCGUUCCAGAGCACGGCUUCUGUCAACCCAUCUCAAUCCCUCUCUGUACGGACAUUCAGUACAACCAGACAAUCAUGCCAAAUCUCUUGGGGCAUACAAACCAAGAGGACGCGGGCUUGGAGGUGCAUCAGUUCUAUCCGCUGGUCAAGGUGCAGUGCUCUCCGGAUUUGAAAUUUUUCCUCUGCUCCAUGUACGCGCCGGUGUGCACGGUCCUCGAGCAGGCCAUCCCCCCGUGUCGCUCGCUGUGCGAACGAGCGCGUCAGGGUUGCGAGGCGCUAAUGAACAAGUUCGGUUUCCAGUGGCCAGAGCGGCUCCGCUGCGAGAACUUUCCCGUGCACGGGGCCGGGGAGAUAUGCGUCGGCCAGAACACGUCUGACACCGGCCACCCGACGUCGGACCCCACACCGUACGUGCACGACCACUUCACACCUCGCCUGAGCGUGGACCGGCAGGGCCAGCCUUUCUCCUGCCCUCUUCAGCUUACUGUGCCAUCCUAUCUCAAUUAUAAGUUCCUAGGCGCUAAGGACUGCGGGGCUCCGUGUGAGCAUGUUCAGCCUCACGGCCUCAUGUACUUCCGAGAAGAGGAGGUGAAAUUUGGACGCCUCUGGGUCGGAAUUUGGUCCGUUCUGUGUUGUACGAGUACCCUUUUCACCGUGCUCACCUACCUCGUCGACAUGCGCCGCUUCCGCUAUCCUGAGAGGCCCAUCAUUUUCCUCUCUGGCUGCUACUUCAUGGUGGCCGUGGCUUACGUCACAGGCUUCCUUCUGGAAGACCGGGCCGUGUGCAUCGACAAGUUCCGGGAGGACGCCUACCGCACGGUGGCUCAGGGCACCAAGAAGGAAGGCUGCACGAUACUCUUCAUGAUCCUGUACUUCUUUGGCAUGGCCAGCUCCAUCUGGUGGGUGAUCCUCUCCCUCACCUGGUUCCUCUCGGCUGGCAUGAAGUGGGGCCACGAGGCCAUUGAGGCCAACUCUCAGUACUUCCACCUGGCGGCGUGGGCCGUGCCCGCCGUGAAGACCAUCACCAUCUUGGCGCUGGGCCAGGUGGACGGUGACCUGUUGACGGGUGUGUGCUUCGUGGGCGUCUACGACGUGGACGCGCUGCGUGGCUUCGUGCUGGCGCCCCUCUUCGUCUACCUCUUCAUUGGCACGAGCUUCCUGCUGGCCGGCUUCGUCUCGCUCUUCCGCAUCCGCACCAUCAUGAAACACGACGGCACCAAGACGGAGAAGCUGGAGCGCCUAAUGGUGCGCAUCGGCGUCUUCUCCGUGCUCUACACCGUGCCUGCCACUGUCGUCAUCGCCUGCUACUUCUACGAGCAGGCGUUCCGCGCCCAGUGGGAGCGUACCUGGCAUAUGCAGACGUGCAAGCGCUUCGCUGUGCCCUGCCCGGCCCCGGACUUCGCACCCGUCUCACCCGACUUCACCGUUUUCAUGAUCAAGUACCUCAUGACCAUGAUCGUGGGCAUCACAUCCGGCUUCUGGAUCUGGUCGGGGAAGACGCUGCAGUCGUGGCGCCGGUUCUACAAGCGUCUGGGGAACGCCCAAGGCGAGACAACCGUGUGACGGGCUCCCUGGGAUGGAGGGUUCGUGGGAUUAAUGGGUGGAACUACAGGUCAUGACCUACAGGGUGAAUUAAAUAUUCAUAUGUCUGUCGUGAAGGACGUUGCCCGGUGGACACCCACAGGAUGGUCUCGCUCCGGAAACCAGUCUGUACCAAAAAGCCUCCCUUGUGAUACUUAAAUACUUGAACUUUGACCCUGACUUUAUGUACAUUUUUCAGAGAACUCCUUUGCAUGACCAAGACUUUUUUUAAUUGUUCAAAAGAUGUUUUAAAAAGAAGUGUCAUAUUCUUCAUUGAAAAGUGAAACAGUGCCUUUGGUAUGAACACUAAGUGGAUUAUUCAUUUAUUGAAUGUCAAUGGAGAGAAUUUUAUUGAUAUUUUUGAGGACAGGAAAAUGGUAAACCUUUUUUUUAAUCACUAAAAUGGCCAAAAAUAUUUUUAUUAUAAUCUUUUGUCUUGUAAUGUUGCCCAGUCCACUGUAGCCGAUAAUUUGUCUCCUUUUAAAGAGUUUGUGGCUCAGACAGCACAUGAGUUUGUAUAUCUCUGUUGCUAAGUGUUCUGAUGUUCUUUAGAACUAGAUUCAGUUUGGUUGGUCUAAAUGUAAAACCUUUAUACAAUUUUUACUUUUUUUGUGCAAAGUAAAUUCAAACUGACCCAGGCCAUAAUUGCGUUUGUGAUGGGUGGGAAUAAAGAUUAAUUAAAGUACAUAGUUUGUACAGUCAAAGGAGGAAAACUGUUACCAGAUUUCAUUUUGUUAAAUGCUAUGCUACCCUUUAAGACGACAUGUAUUUAUUAAAAGUAACCUCAUUUUUAAUACAGUACUCUGAAUUCAGCAGUUUCACUCAAUAAAAAUAGAUUUUUAGAAUGCGCUA